GCGGGGUCCACAAAGUCCUGCGGCGACAGGCUGGACAGCACCAUGUGUGUACGGUGGGUGUACACACGGUGGCCGCCAUAAAUACACACGCAGCUCCUUCCACCAUUUCACUCGCUCUCUCCUUCCUUCCUUAUCCUCUCUCAGAUUUCGAUUCCUCCGCCGCCGCCCUUCCCCUGAUUUUGCAUGGCUAUCAGUUUGUCAGCCUACCAGGUGGCUGAUCUCUGCCUCGGCAAGCCGCCUCUCCGCUCCCUCUCCUCCUCCUGCACCGUCGCCGCCGCCCUCGCUGCUCUCAAAUCCGCCGACGACACCUUCAUCAGCGUGUGGAGCUGUGACCACAAGAGGAAUCUCGACUGCGACUGCGUUUGCGUCGGCAAAGUUUGCAUGGUCGACAUCAUUUGCUACCUCUGCAAAAAAGAGAAUACGUCGUCUCCGGCGUUGGCUCUCAAUAAACCUCUCUCUGUUCUACUCUCUGAUGUCAAUGACGGAGUCAGACACGUCGAUCCCUCCGCCAGCUUACUAGAAGCUAUUGAUCUCAUGAUCCAAGGAGCGCAGAAUCUGGUGGUCCCGAUAAGGAGCAGCAUUUCGAGGAGAAAGCAGCUCCAGAGAUCAUUAACCACCAUCCACAACGCCCAGGAAUUCUGCUGGUUAACGCAGGAAGACGUGCUGAGGUUUCUCCUCAGCUCGAUCGGCCUCUUCUCCCCCAUCGCGCCGCUCCCCAUCGAAACCCUAGGCAUCAUCAACACCGAAUUCCUCUCCGUCGAGUACAAUAGCCCCGCUUCCUCCGCAAUCGCGGCGAUCUCUCGCUCUCUAGCGGACCAGACGUCGGUGGCGGUGGUGGACGACGAGGGGAGCUUGAUCGGAGAAAUUUCCCCCCUGACGCUCGCCUGCUGCGACGAGACGGCCGCCGCGGCCAUCUUAACCCUCUCCGCGGGGGAUCUCAUGGCCUACAUCGACUGUGGCGGCCCCACGGAGGACAUGGUGAGGGUCGUGGAGGAGAAAUUGAAGGAGAAGAAACUCAAAGGAAUGCUCAAGGAGAUCAUGGCCGGUACCACCAGCUCGCAAGAUGUGUCGAAUUCCUCGUCGUCCGACGAGGAGCUGUCCUCCCCGACGACGACGUUGUACAGACGGACGAGCAGCCAUUCUGGGCGGAUGGCGAGACGGGCGGAGGCUGUGGUGUGCCACCGGGGGAGCUCGCUGGUGGCGGUGAUGAUCCAGGCCAUCACGCGCCGCGUGAACUAUGUGUGGGUAAUGGAAGAUGACUGCAGCGUGGUUGGGAUUGUCACCUUUGCUAAUAUGCUUGAUGUUUUCAGGGAACAUUUGGAAUCUCUCAUCUGAAUCUCAUCUCUUUUUUUCUUUUCUUUUCUUUUUUGAGUCAUAAAAGAUCAGUAAACUGAAGAGCUUAUUGUGAAUAUGCGGCUCUACUGCCUUAUUUUUUUUUUCAAUAGUAAAUGUUUUGAAUGAUAUAUUUAAAUGAAGUUGAGGUUUUUUGA